CAGCUGUUCUCUGCUUUGUCUAACUCUGUGGGUUUCCUCUUCUGGGAAAAUGAACACACUCUGAAUUCAAAGUGCCUUGUGAGGGUUGGACCCAUUACAGCCCUCAGCUUGUUUCUUACAUUCUGGAUCAUCAGAGGCUCUUCACACAGAGAGGGGGUGAGAUGCCAGCCAUGAAGAAAACUGUUGGAGUGAUAGCAAAAGCAAGCGUGCGGGGAAGCCAGGCUCCUGCCUCGGUAUCGCAGCCACCCCAAGCCGGACCCUCACUCCGCAGACCCACACAGCACAAUGAGGUAAAGAGUCGAAGCUUUGCUGAGGUCACCCCCAGGAGCAAAGCUCGGACAAAGAAUCUGCAAAUGACAGCGACAUCCAUUACGACCAAGGCCAGGAGUCCAGGGACCCUGUUGUCAGGCCGAGCCACUACUCCAAUCCGCAGGGCGGUGCCGAAGGAGCCCGUUUCCCAGAGUCAGACUCACCGGCUGGGGCUGGGCCCCAGGGAUCAGCGGUCACAGGGUCCCGUGAGUCCGAGACCGCCGGAGGUGGCCAGAUCCCGACUGAAGGGCUGCUCAGCACUGCCCACACUGGAAAGAGGAGGUGUGAGGUCCCGCAGGGAACCCAGCAGCUUCUCCCGGGGCCCCCCGACCUUUGACCCCUCAACCUCCAACUCCUGCCCUGCCAUAGAUCUGCCUUUUGACCCUUCAAGCUCCAACCCCCUGACUUCCAGCUCCUGCCCUGCCAAAGAUCUGCCCUGUGAUCUCCUGACCUCCAACCUUUUGACCACUGACCCCAACCCUGCCAAAAACCUGUCCUCUGACUCUCUGACCUCUGCCUCCCCUCCCUCCAACCCUAUGCCCUUCAAACAUUUGGCCUCUGACCCCCUGACUUUCAGCUCCUUCCCCUUAUGUCACAUCAGUGCUAAUAACUCCAACCCAGGAUCAUUGUCUGUGUGUGGGGAGGGGAGCCACCCUCCCCUGGUGGUCCAGACCCCUCAGUUUCAGGGGCCAGGCCAGGGGAGGGAGCUGGGAUCUGACCAGCAGCUUAUGGCCUGUCCAGGAUGGUCCAGGAACCUCAGAGAUGAAGGGGGAGUGGAAGACUCAGUGGGAAGUCAUAGUGGUGAGGCAAGCACGCCUCAGGCAGAGAAACACAGAGCAGCGCAGGCCGGGGAACGCGGAGCAGCGCAGGCUGGGGAACGCGGAGCAGCGCAGGCUGGGGAACGCGGAGCAGCGCAGGCUGGGGAACGCAGCACAGUGGAAGCUGGGAAUGGCAGAACAGUGCAGGGUGAGGAACGUGGAACAGCGCAGACAGAGAACUGUAGUUCAGCGCAGGACAGGGAAUGCGGAUCAGCACAGACAGAGAAUUGUAGUACAGCGCAGGCCGGGGAGUUUGAAACAGCAUUUGCUGGGGAACGCGGAGCAGCGCAGGCAGACGGAAGCAGUACAGCGCAGGCCGGGGAAUGCGGAGCAGCGCAGGCCGGGGAACGCGGAGCAGCGCAGGCUGGGGAACACGGAGCAGCGCAGGCUGGGGAAUGCAGCACAGUGGAAGCUGGGAAUGGCAGAACAGUGCAGGGUGAGGAACGUGGAACAGCGCAGACAGAGAACUGUAGUUCAGCGCAGGACAGGGAAUGCGGAUCAGCACAGACAGAGAAUUGUAGUACAGCGCAGGCCGGGGAGUUUGAAACAGCAUUUGCCGGGGAACGCGGAGCAGCGCAGGCCGGGGAACGCGGAGCAGCGCAGGCAGACGGAAGCAGUACAGCGCAGGCCGGGGAAUGCGGAGCAGCGCAGGCCGGGGAACGCGGAGCAGCGCAGGCAGACGGAAGCAGUACAGUGCAGGCCAGGGAAUGCAGAGCAGCGCAGGCAGACGGAAGUAGUACAGUGCAGGCGGGGGAAUGCAGAGCAGCGCAGGCCGGGGAACGCGGAGCAGCGCAGGCAGAUGGAAGUAGUACAGUGCAGGCUGGGGAACACGGAGCAGCGCAGGCAGACGGAAGCAGUACAGUGCAGGCCGGGGAAUGCAGAGCAGCGCAGGCAGACGGAAGCAGUACAGUGCAGUACCGGGAUCAUGGAACAGUGGCAACCAGGGAGUGUGGAUCACUGCGGACUGUGGAAUGCAGAACAGCACAGGCCAGCGAGUUGUUCGGCAUCCAGGUGGUAGUCACUGACGGGGAGCGGUCAAGCAGUGGGUGCUCGAAGCAGGGAGAGUGUCGGCACAUGGAGAGUUCGGCAACGGGAACAGCGUCACUGGACCCUGGCUGCCAGCCUCUGGAGCACAGCGACUCACAGGUGGAUUGUGGAGGACAUGGUGGAGACGGAGGGAAGGAGCAGCAGGUGAGGGAGCUGGAGGAGACGGUCUUCGAGCUGAGGGACCAGUUGGAACAACAUCAGGCCGUGCAUCUGCACAACGAGAGGAUCAUCGAGCAGCUGGAGUGUAAAGUGAAGUCUUUGGAAAGGCAGAACCUGGAACUGGAGAAACAGCUGAAGAUGUCCAACAAGAAAAUGAAGGAGGAAGAGGAGGAGUGGCAAUACUUCCAGGCUGACCUACAGACAGCGGUAGUGGUGGCCAACGACAUGAAGUGCGAAGCACAGGAGGAGGUGCGGGAGCUGAGGAGAGAGCUCCAGGAAGAGAGGAGGAAAACGAGGCAGUUGCACAGGGAGCUGGCUGCCGUUAGGGCUCUCAGGGGCCGUGCAGAAUCCUGAAUUGAUGGAGAUGGACGUGAGAAGCACGGAGGAACAUCUGGAGAAACUUCUGAAAUGUCCGCUUCGCUGCCGUUGCUACUGUGCGAUUGAGAAUCUCCGGAGGGGAAGGCCCCAAAUCCUUGGCUUUGCCUAUUACCUGUUGCCGGGGCCGGGGUCGAAGAGCUCGGCAGAGAUGGUGCUCGGUGCUCGAUGUCGGAGGGCUGGUCGGAAGCUUGAAGUUUUCGGAUGGACUCAAGAGUCGGCUGUGGUCAGGUGCUUCCAGGGUGCUGCAUCGGCAAGUUUGCGGCGCUGGAAGCUCAUGGCAGGGAGAGUUUCUCCCUUCUACCGUCUGCGUGAGAUGAUGGGACUUUUGGGAGACUUUGAAACUUUUUUUUACUGUGCCCAUGGUCUGUUCUUUAUCAAAUUACGGUAUUGCUUUGCACUGUUGUAACUAUAUGUUAUAAUUAUGUGGUUUUUGUCAGUUUUUUUUAGUCUUGGUUUGUCUUGUGUUUCUGUGAUAUCAUUCUGGAGGAAUAUUGUAUCAUUUCUUAAUGCAUGCA